GUAGGAGGUAGAGAUGGAUAUGGAGAUAGUAAAUGUAUUGUUGCAGGAUACAAUAAUCGUCAUUCAUUUUAUCCCACUUCCAGACCAACAUACGAAGUCGUCUAUGCAUGGUCACAAUCAUUUGAGAAUCUCAUGAAAAAUAAGCUGGGUCAAAAGUAUUUUGCCGAAUUUCUGAAGGGUGAAUAUUCUGACGAGAAUAUUCUUUUCUGGCAAGCAUGUGAGGAGCUGAAACGAGAAAAGAACGCCGAGAAAAUUGAAGAAAAGGCUCGUAUCAUCUACGAGGAUUUUAUAUCAAUACUUUCACCGAAAGAGGUGUCGUUAGAUUCGAGAGUACGUGAAAUCGUCAACACCAACAUGUCACGACCGUCCUCGGCGACAUUUGAUGAGGCACAAAACCAGAUUUACACUCUCAUGCAGAGGGAUUCGUAUCCGAGCUCAUUGGGUUUCUCGAUUAAUAUAUUGUUGGCCUAA